GGGCGUUCUGAGCGUGUUGACUUGCCCCCUGCAAUGACGGCGUAUUCACGUACAUAUUCAUUGCAUUUGACUACUGUCAAUCUCUCGUAGAUAAGAUAACGCAUUGUAGCGGGGUCCAGGGUCUCGCACGGCCCCACUCAACCACCACCAUCACCAUGUGCUUCAACCCCAUAUCAACGUCUGGCAGUCAGAAGAAAUGCUUACAUGGAAAUGAUCUCAAGGCACUUGCCAACUACAUGAAAUCUGACCAGUGUCAGAAGGUCUUCCUCAUGGUAAUGUUACAAUGCUGUUCCUUUAUAUGUGUGGCAUUUUGGCUUCACUGGUCUUGAUCGUAGCUAGGAGCAGGCAUCAGUACUGCAGCUGGCAUCCCGGACUUCCGUUCCCCAAAGACUGGUAAGCAUGCCCUCCAGGACCAUACCCUUCAGGGUCCACGAACGUUCCAACAUCACGACAGGUCUAUAUGCUAACCUUGCCCGGCUAAACCUUCCAUACCCAGAGGCAGUCUUUCAAAUAUCCUUCUUCCGAAAUAACCCUGUUCCCUUCUACACCCUAGCCAAAGAGAUUUACCCGGAACGAUACCGACCGACUUUGACCCACUCGUUCAUCAAACUCCUCCAUUCUCGCGGACUUCUACACACAUGCUUCACCCAAAACAUUGAUACGCUCGAACGGAAAGCGGGUGUCCCAGAACACAAAAUCGUCGAAGCCCACGGAAGCUUCGCGACGCAGCGCUGUAUAGAUUGCAAGGCACCAUAUGAGGAUGAGAAGAUGAAAAAGGCUAUUAGGGAAGAAGAGAUCCCGAGAUGCGAGGGGUGUGGAGGGUUGGCUAAGCCUGGUAUUGUAUUUUUUGGGGAAUCGUUACCAAACAAAUUCCACAGCUCGAUUCCAUUGCUUCAAGAAGCGGACCUACUGAUUGUCAUUGGCACGUCAUUGACCGUGUAUCCGUUUGCCUCGCUUGUCGACUGCGUUCCAGAAGACUGUCCGCGGGUACUCAUCAAUCUGGUCGAAGUAGGCGAUUUCGAUAAACCGGACGAUCUGGUGUUUACCGGGAAAUGUGACGAAAUCGUGAGGGCGUUGUGUCAGGAACUGGGGUGGGAGGACGAACUCGAUGAGACAUGGGCAGAAACAGCUAUGGGUGCCGAGGGGGUCGAAGUGGCUGGUAGUUCCGACAAAGCGGCGGAGGAGAAAAUAGAGAGCGAGUUGGAGCAGGUUAGGAAGGAUUUGGAGAACGUUCUGAACGUGUCAGAGCCGAGGGCUGGUACCGAAGUUCCAACUGGCGUAGAGGCGAUACCUGCAAUAGUCGAGGAUGAAGAGGAAAGUUGUACCAGGCAGGUAAAUGACGUGGAUAAGGAGAAAGAUGGUGGCAAGCGUGAGCGUUCAGAAGGGAAGUUGUAGAGAUGAUAUUAUGAUCACAUUACUACCAUGCUCGUUUGCGACGAUAUCCUCAUGUGAAGAACAGGCCUUUCCAGUUGGCAGCUUAAUUAAUCUCCAGGCCCGGCUAUUAUAGGCAUCCCACAACGCAACAAGUUGUCAUCUUAACCGACC